AUGACAUUGAGGACCACAUUGGAUCUGAGUGAUAAUCAGGUCACUGAUGUUAGCGUUGUUAGUCUAUGUCAAGCAUUACAGGCACCAACAUGUGAAGUCACCCAACUGAGUCUGGAUAAUAAUAAGAUCACCGAUGCUGGUGUUGACAGUCUAUGCCAAGCAUUACAGACAGCAACAUGUGAAGUCACCCAACUGAGUCUGGAUGAUAAUAAGAUCACCGAUGCUGGUGUAGUCAGUCUAUGUCAAGCAUUACAGGCACCAACAUGUGAAGUCACCCAACUGAGUUUGGGUAAUAAUGAGAUCACCGAUGCUGGUGUAGUCAGUCUAUGCCAAGCAUUACAGACAGCAACAUGUAAACUCACCAGACUUGAUCUGGAUAGAAGUCAGAUCACUGAUGCCGGUGUUUUCAGUCUAUGUCAAGCAUUACAGACAGCAACAUGUGAAGUCACUACACUAUAUUUGAAUGGUAAUCAGAUCACUGAUGCCGGUGUUUUCAGUCUAUGUCAAGCAUUACAGACAGCAACAUGUGAAGUCACUACACUAUAUUUGAAUGGUAAUCAGAUCACUGAGGCCGGUGCUGUCAGUCUACGUCAAGUAUUAGAGAAAGUCAAUUUUGAAGUAUGUGAUGUGGCCGGUGGUCCUCGUAUAUAUCGAUGCAUAACAAAUCUGUGA